GAAUCAGUAUCGCGGCGUAUUGCGGCGCGGAGGUUGUGGUGUGGGAAUGCGUGGGAUUUGUGAAGGCUGUGUGCGUGCGGCGCAAAUUAAAGUUUUAGGAAUGAUUGUGGUACUCAGGGUUCAAAUUUAAGAGUCAAGGUGUUGUUCUCAAGUGCUCGCAAGACCCGGAGACCGGGCAGCAGCGAGAAGAGCAGAGAAAUGGAGCUUCGUGUCGGCAACAAGUAUCGAUUAGGUCGAAAAAUUGGAAGUGGAUCAUUUGGUGACAUUUACUUAGGUACAAAUAUAUCGACUGGGGAGGAGGUCGCCAUCAAGCUAGAAAGUCUAAGGACAAAGCAUCCACAGCUGUACAUCGAAUCUAGAUUUUAUAAAAUGCUGCUGGGAGGGGUGGGGAUACCGGUGGUCAAAUGGUACGGAACAGAGGGCGACUACAACGUGAUGGUCAUGGAACUGCUUGGGCCCAGUCUAGAGGACCUCUUCACAUUCUGCUCUAGGAAAUUCUCACUGAAGACGGUGCUCCUCCUGGCGGAUCAGAUGAUAACACGUAUCGAGUACACACACUCGCGAAAUCUGAUUCAUCGGGACGUCAAGCCCGACAACUUCCUCAUGGGUUUGGGCAAGAAGGGCAACCUGGUGUACAUCAUCGACUUCGGCCUGGCCAAGCGGUACAUCAACGAGCGGACGCACAUCCACAUUCCGUACCGGGAGGACAAGAACCUGACGGGCACGGCGCGGUACGCCUCGCUCAACACACACAUCGGCAUCGAGCAAAGCCGGAGAGACGACAUGGAGUCGCUGGGGUACGUGCUGAUGUACUUCAACCGCGGCUCGCUGCCCUGGCAGGGCCUCAAGGCCAACACCAAGCGCCAAAAGUACGAGAAGAUCAGCGAGAAAAAGCUGACCGUACCCAUCGAGGAGCUGUGCAAGGGGUUCCCAGGCGAGUUCACGGCGUACCUCAAGUGCUGCCGGGCGCUCUCGUUCGAUGGUCGGCCAGACUAUUCGUUCCUGCGCCAACUCUUCCGCACCGUUUUUCACCGAGAGGGAUUUACCUACGACUACGUCUUUGACUGGAACAUGCUCAAAUUCGGCGGCUCGAAGAAGGCGGAGAGCGAGGAGCGCGAGCGCCGCCACCGGGGCGGCCACGGCGGCUCCCACCGGCUGGGUGCGGCCGGACCCGGCGCCGCGCCGCCGCCAGUCGCCGGUCCGGUGGCGGCACGGACAGCAGUGCGUCCCCCGAGCGGCGGCGGCGGCGGCGGCGGUGACGCCGACCCGCGGCGCAUGUACCUGCGUGGUCACCGGGCUGCGGCCGGCGCCGUGGCGCCCGGCGGCGGUACGGCGCAACACUCGCUCAGCACGGUGCCCAACCUGUCCACCUCCGAUCUCACCUACGGCCGGUCUGCCAGCACCUCCAUGCCGCCUCCGAGCCGCGAUGAUCUGUGACCGGCCGUCGGGCGCCGCCGUCGACGGGCCGCCGCUCGCGCGCUUGUCACACACCUCGACAUGGAAGAAAUAGUAGCGUGCUGAUUGCCGGGCGUCGAGCGGAGGUUAUCCGGGACUGACCGGUGCUGCCAGCCAGCGGGUGACCGCGUAACUCAGCUUCGCCCGCCGCCGCCAGAUGGCAGGCGGCGCGCGACUAAUAGGCCCCGCCGCCGCCUGCGCUGCACCGUUUUAUAAUCGUGAUAUACGCGGACUUUGCAAUGACUCUGGCGGCUGGGGCGCUCGGCCCGGCGGCCUCUCGUGACCUCUGCGCCGCACGACAGGGCGCUCAGUGGCGCUCGGCCGACCCACAGCCCGGCUGAGUGUUUUGUAUUGGGCGGGUGACUGGCGCACUGUUGUUAUGGUGGGUGAUCUAUGAGAGAGACUGUGGUCUGUGUGAGUGCGGGGAAGCUACCCCAGUGGUCGUGAGAGUGAACAGUGGUUGCUGGUGUGAGUCCUCCAUCCGUGAGUUCUAUGUAUUGCGACAUGCGUGACUCGUGAAUGGUAUGGUUGAUGCGAUUUGCGUUUCGUGAUUAUCUUCUAUGUUCUUUUUUCUUCAGAAGUCUCCUAGCUAGUUGAAGAUUAUUUGGAUCGAUUUCGCACAACAUAUUUUGCUAUCGGACGCUGAUAUAAUUUCUCCCAAUUUCUUGAAAAGUAAUUCUCUAAUACGCAGCCUUCCUAUCUGUCGAAUUCCCAGCGGCUCCUCCGCCGGCUGAGGGUAAUGUGGGGACGGGGCGGGGUGGGAUGACAAUCUGCUUCGGGUCGGGGUGUGUCCGUGCGCUCACUGACUGCGACCGGCGCCCGCCGGCCGUCCGCCGUCACCCGGGGCUCACGCGGCCGCGGCUCGCCGUCACAGGCCUGCGCGCCGUCUCUGGAGAGUGUGAGGAGCGUUUUUACAUUGCGUGAUGAGAGAGAGGGAGACGGGCCGACUAGCCCUCCUCCGCCUCGCGUCAGCCUUGUUUUAGUGUUUUCUGGUUUUCGGCGGCUCUGGCCCCGGCGCCGCGGGUUUGCUGGUCCGCCGGCCGCGUGUCCGCGCCGCGACCGGGCGCCCCUGGCGGCAGCGGCCCGCACUUCAGCCUGCGGCGGUCGCCGAUAGGUGGCGGUCGGUCGGCUGCUCUCCUUCGAUGUGGAAUGUGUCAAAGACCGUACCUACUGAUAUAUGUUCGUUUUGUAAACUGUAGAGUGAACAUUGUGUUCAUACCAAUCCACAAUACAUGUAACACAUCCGA